GCCUGUAAUUGCCUAUAAAUCAAAGGAAUUUAAAAAAGUCAUCAGCCAAAUUUACACGGAAUAUUGGCCGAGCGACAUAAUGGAUAUGACAGAAGAAGAUGGUUUUAAAGGAGUUUAUACUGUGGGAUUUGCUAUAAUUGGAACAUUGUGGAGCUUAGGUUUUAUAGUUUGUACUGCCGUAUGUGCUAGACCGCUACUUUCCUCGGAAAUAACUUUACCAAUGCCAUCAAUGUAUCCUCCGGGUUGGCUCAACGAUUAUACGUUUUGGGUAUUCUACGCCUUGCAAGCAAUAAGCAUUUGUUUCGUAAUACUUGUUGGAACUCAAGCGGGGGAUUUUUUAAUACUUUCAGUCUGUAUAUAUACAGCCAACCAGUUUUACAUACUCCAUAGAUGUUUUCUUGUUUACAACACCGAAGACAUGAUAGAUGUUAACGAAAAACUGAGAGCUCUGGAUAAGGAAGAUAUGCGGAAGUAUUAUGGUUAUCCAGAAAAAGAAUAUUUGGUUAGAUGCGUGAAGCAUCAUGCAAUGCUUUUAAGGUAA